CUCAGAGACAACAAGUAGACGGGAAAGCAACAGCCAAGUCCUUUCAGCCCAAAAAAGAUUCCACAGAAUCCCAGAAUCAUCCUACCCAGAAUGCACUGCUUGCUACAGCUGAGCUUGGCGGUGGCGCUGUGCGCCCUGCUUGCCCCAUCGGCAACCAUUGCUGAUCGUCGUCCCAGCUAUCGCUUGGGUGUGCGUUCCAGCGGCCAGCCGGAGGGCAGAUUCACCUCGUCCAUAGCCAACAAGUUCAGCACACUGAAGGGCACCACAACGACGACCACCACAGUGGCCCCCACCACCACGACCACUACGACCACGCCCACUACGCCCACGGCCACUACGACCCCGCCCACAGCGUCGGGCACAACGUCUUCAACGACAACGCCCACUGCCACUGGCAGUCGUGCUUUUGGCGAUGUCGAAGGCUUCGAGGAAAGCUCCGAUGAGGAACUGCCACGCGCCUACGAUGACGACGAGGACGAUGAUGAGCAGUCGGGCAGCGGCAGCAUGGAGGUCGACGUUGACGACCACGACGACGACGACGACGAUGACGAGUUCUAUGUGCUGGCCGCCGGAGGCGGCAGCAAUGCUGUACAGCAGGGUGGCAACUCCCCAGCGGCUGCCGUGGAGCGUCCCACCGAGCUGCAGUGGCGUCAGUUCCAGAUGGAUCAGCGCAAUCGUCGCCGUGUGCAGCGCCUGCAGCGGGAGCAUAACCAGCGGCUGCGCGCCCUACUGCGCCGCCAGCGUCAGGCCGAUCGUCGCAACUCGCAGCGACUGCGCCGCGUACAGCAGCAGAACCGUCGCCGCAACACGCGUCGCAAUCGUCUCAAUCGCAACCGCAGCAAGGCCCAGCGCCAGCGUCGCCGUCGCAACAACCAGAGCCGUCGUCGCCGUCAGCAGAGCCAGCGUCAGCGUCGCCGUCAGCGCCUGAACCAGCGUCGCCGUCUGCGCCAGCUGAUGCGUCGUCGUCGUGGCGGUCGUAGCCUCGUCCGUGCUUAG